CAUGCAACAGCAACACUGUUGCGUCCUGAAAUGUAUUGGUCUGGGUCAAAGUCUGUAUGGACUGGGACCGAAAAUUUAGGCCAAUAAAGACGGAGAAAUUUUGUCCACGGUUUGACGCAUGCGCAAUGAGUUGAAAACAAGAACCCUCAUUGAAAUUUUAAUGGCGGGUUUCAAUGAAAUGACCGACGAAAAUUGUACCAACAAACGCGUAUCUACAGAAGAGACACUAGCGAAAAGUCCCGAAGCUGAAUUUGAAUCAUCCAGUGAAAAUGUAAAGCAACCACCAGGAAAGAAAAAAAAGAGUUUGUUUGGAAAAACACUGACAAGAUCAAAGCCUUUGCAGGCGCCUGCGCCAUUUUCAACCGAGCUGUACUGUAUGUUUGUGAAGGCGAUAAAAAAUGGUGGUGCUUCGUAUCCAUCCUCAAGGCAACUGAUUAACCUCAAAUUUUGGUCCGGGCCUGGUACGUCUCACAGAAAGCGCUUUCGACGAGUACUACCGAAGCUAAGACUUCAGCGAGUGGAAGGCUCUGUUGUGUUCAGUGCUAAUCUCGAGGAAGAUGUUCUUGUACUUGAAAAGUCGAGAAAAAUCAUUCUUCCGAACGAGCUGGUUGAGAGGGCUAUACUUAGAGCUCAUCACUAUGGCAAUAAUACAGCUAACGAGCAUUUGCCACAACGUACAACUAGUCUGCACCUUGGUGUUUUGAAGACUUUUCAAAUUCUUGAGAAAACUUUCACGACUGUCAAGAGAGAGUAUGGCAUUGAUUUAAGCACUGUGCAAGAUGUGAUUGCUUUGUGUCCAACAUGUGAGGAAUUUCAUCUUGUUUCUAAUUGUUCUAAUUCUAAUAAUACUUCAACAAAUGAAGUGGAUGGACAGCAUCAAGAAAAUGGAAGUGCUGUUAAUGAAUCACCUACAGAUACUGUGACAUUUGAUCGACAACUCCCUUCAAUGGUUAUUCAUGUGCCAGAUGCUAAAUGUAUCUGGUACGACCAGACAACCAUAGCAAAUGAAAGAGAUCGUUUAAAGAAAUUUCUUAUGGUCAUUUCUGAAAUGAGAGGGGAGCUGGGCUUGGCUGCGCGUGGUAACUGCGAUGCAAAGCAUAGAUUUGAAGCAAAACUCUAUUGUGCUCAAAUGUUGAUCAAAGAACACUCAAAGGAGAUACAGAAGGCUUUAAAGAAGGAUUGUUCGCCAAAGGUAUUUAGGCUUGGUCUGGACGAGCUGAGAUUAGAGUACGAGCGAAGUCGUCGAUUGUCAAUAUUUCGCAGCCAUAUUAUCGAACUUUUGAAGUAUGUUCGCGAGCGAAAACUUCAACUGUCGCCACUUAUUGUUAGAGAAAUUGAACAUUACAUUCAACGACUAGACGACGAAGGAUGACGUAAUGUUUGUAUAAAAAAUUUUCAAGAAAUAUUGACAAUUUCAACCAUUCGAUCGAUCAAGCAAGUAUACUUGUAUAUAUUUGCGUUGAAAUCCAGGGAGUACAAAUAUAUCUUAGUGGGUGAGGUUCUUUGCAUACUUUUAUACCAAUAUUCGACGAAGCAUGACGAAACGUCAUGCACGUCGCGUGCACAUCACGUGCAUGUCACAUGGACAUUACAAAACAUGCAAACAAAGAACAAAUAAGGUGGAAAGUUUGUUUUGUGUGGACUGAGUUGCAAGCAAAAUGUGAAUCGCUUUUUGGACAAGAGCUUUUUUGUCUUUCACAUUUGUUUUUGCUCAGGAUGUUUGAGGAUAUAUCGGAAUACAUGGGGAUGAUUGGGGAUAUUUAGAGUUUUUUUGGAUAUUUGGCAUACGUAAUAGCAAUUGUGAAUAUUUGGGGAUUAGUUAGGUUUUGUGAGGCGGUUUUCAACAGAUUUUAGUCUUUGUCAAGAGUCAGUAGAUUUAAUGGAUGAAGGAUGUGCAAUGCAAAGAAUCUGUCAAGAAAUCAAGAAACAGUAGACUAAAUAGAUCUAGAAUGUUGUGCUAUGCAAAGAAUCGUAGUCGUUUCUUUUUGUUAUCUGUUAUUUGUAGUCAAAGGAAUUAGAAGAACUUUGAACCAUAUGAGCAGGGGGGUAGUUGGUAUUGUUGAUAUAUUUUGUUCGUGAUAUGUGAAAUGGCCAUGUUUCGGUUUCUUUUAUAAAAAACACUUGUGUGAAGUAGCUCUUUGCUGUGCAAAGCAUCUUUACACUUUAACCAACACAAUUUCAGAGAAUAAAUGAGCCCGGUGCCCGGUCAGCCGGGGCUCAGCGAAGCGUUAAAUAAUUUUAGCAAAUAGAAAAGGUUAAAUACUUCACAACAAAAAAACUUAUUUCAGCAAUUUCUCUACGCUCUGACCUUGCAAAUUCACGAAGCAUUUAAAAUGGAAACAAAUAAUUUAGCAAAAUUUGAAAGUUACAACUGCAAUGACUUAUAACGGUUAAGAAAAGUUUAAGUUUUGCGCUUAAAGUUUUUACUCCUUUCAAUGUCUCAAAAUCAUUUCGCGCCUCGCCGAAUCCCGGUUAGCCGGGCUCGUAUGAACAGCCCCUUAGUUAUUCUUUGAUGUUCAAGAGGGUUUUUGAUAACAUAUUACUGCAUGCGAACUCUGAUAACUUUAAUCUUUCGAUGAUUAAUUCCUGUUUAUGUCACGAGAUGUGACGAAAUGUAACGAGCAUGCGCGAACGAUUUGUUAAUGUAUGUAAAUGUGCUAUUAUUGUUAUCAGGUGUUGAACAGGUGUUUUGACUUAUUUGCAUGAGAAUGCUUAUUGUUAGUCCGACUUGAAUUUGCUUCGGCCUUUUAAGAGAAUCAUCGUGCACUGAGUUGGAUUUCACAUUUAAAAGUUCGUUGCUUUUGUUUGCUGUUCUCAUAUAUGGUCAUUCGAUCGUUUGAAGUUGGAUAAAAAUCUACAACCUGAAAUAAAAAGGCGUUGCGUUAUUUGUGAAUGAAUUGAAGAAGAAGAACUCGCGUUUUUAGUUCUCUUAUAAUCAUUUCCAAGGAAUCGAGGGAACAUUUUUAGAAGCCAUCAAUUUGCAAACGAAUUUUUUUAUGAGAAAGUCAUACAAGUGAUAUCACGGGAAAAACAAUUCAAAAUCUACGUUAUAUUUACGGCUUCAGACCAGUUUCCCAAGUCAUCUCGAGGGCGGCCAGAAAGUAUAUAAUAUCAUUUAAUCUGAAACCUUUGAAUAUGCUUCUCGAUGCUUGUGGUUUGAACGAAGGUUUAAAGAAGGAAAAUGGAGAAAUCUUAUUGGCUGCUGAGACUAACCACAGGAAUAUGAGAAGAAUUUCUGGAGAAGAGAUUCGUGAAAGGUCGAGUUUGUGGCAAUAUAUGAGGAAGAGACGACAGGCCAUUUGUGGAGAAGGAGAAAAAUGUUUCGUGAGAAAUGGUGUUUCUUUAAACCGUUAUCGUAAAUGGCUUGUCGAAGGACAAUAGUCUGAGUUUCUCGAGACUCGACAGAAUCGUCAUCUGUCGACGCCUGUUGAUUUUUCUCAAUUAGCCUAUGCAAUUUCUGCUCAUGCGUGAUUUCAGACUGGUGAAUCACUAUUGUUUAUUGUAUACUCGUAUGGUCUUGUACAGGUUUCGUGCAGCAAGGUCCAAUUGCACCGAAUUUGAAUAACUUCAUUUACUGAAUAGUCAAUCACUGACUUGAUGGAGCGGCUAAAUUUAGAAAUACUAAAAUUGUUAUACCAAAGAACAACUACGUUUACAUUGUAUAUCAAUUUAACAUAUACAUUGGAUGGUGCUAUUCCUAAUAAAUCAGAUCAUGUGAUUUACCUAAAACAAACUGCUACAGCACGCAUAUUUUUUGAUUAAAGAUUAUCGAUGAACGAUCUUUUAACCGCGAUACAUUCAAUAGCUCAAACUAUUAUCUUCUUGCUUACAUGCUGGCUGAUCAAAAGAAGGAAGACCUUACGAAAUUGUACUAUUGUGAAUUUCAAAGUUUGAUCACAAUGCUAAUGCCACUAGUGCAUUACUGUGCAUGUUUUGACGUUAUACAAGUUUUGUUUAAAUUUCAUAAAGUUUGUCUGAUAUGUCAUUUAUUUAUAUAUGAACUUAAAAGAACUGUUUAGCAUACUGAUACCACAGUAUAGGAACCAUACAGUAGAGCCACUGUAUUAAUUUGUUUUCGUCACGCAUAUUUUAACGCGCAUGUGAUUACCAUCAUUGCAGCCAGUCAAUCGGCUUUUUUUUGACCUUGAUAGGAAUGAUAAAAUGGCUAACUAACAGCAGCCAGUAAUCUACUUUUAUGUAGAGCAUCAAGUUUCUAGGUAAAGUGGACUUAUACUGUUGGUUCCAUGUACUCUAUGGUGAUAAACAUUAAAAUCAUCAUGUCUGUUUUUUUUGUACAACCUGUUGUAAAUGUUUAUCUCGUAGUCAGUUAUUAAUUUUAGUAUUAGUAUUAUUUAAUAUUUCAACAAAAAGCCUAAUCAGUAAAUACACGCUGUUAUUAACUAGGGUUCUGUAUCUGAGAUAGUUACAAAAUAUACUAAUUAUUAAGGAAUAAAAUAUAGCUACGUCAUAAAUAUACUAAUUAUUAAGGAAUAAAAUAUAGCUACGUCAUAAAUAUACUAAUUAUUAAGGAAUAAAAUAUAGCUACGUCAUAAAUAUACUAAUUAUAAAGGAAUAAAAUAUAGCUACGUCAUAAAUAUACUAAUUAUAAAGGAAUAAAAUAUAGCUACGUCAUAAAUGACAAUGUCUGAAAA